AUGGGUUCCAGCACAGCGCCCUCCUGGAUGUCCCGGAAUCGCUGGAGCCUCUCCAUGGGGAAGAGGAUUUCACCGGAAGAGCUGGAAAGUCUCAGCGGUGAGGCCCUCGCAAAGGAGGAUGAUCCAAGGAUUCUGAAGGCAAAGAUCCGCGAGCUCGAGACUCUCGCCGCGGCUUGGGAACAGGAAGCCAGGGACCAGAGCACAAAGUGUCUGGAGCUGGAAGGCCGCAACAAGGAAGCCUCCCGCGUUCAGCGGCAGCGCGACCUGGCGAUGAAGGACGUCGCGCGGUCGCAGAAGCGCAUCGAAGCCUUAGAACACGAGAUGGCCGAGUUGCAGGCAGCAAACGCAGCGCUGCACGCGAAGUUGGAGGCCCAUGCCAGCGAGAGCGAGGACGGCAGCCGCAGGCCCAGUUCUUCCCGACUUCGGACCUCCGCUCGGACAUCAGUCGAUGACGAGAGGCUGGCCAAGAUCGAGAAGUUGCGCAGCGAUGGGGACAAGGGCCGACUGGGACUCCCCGCUCCGAGUGACAACAAGGCUCGGCAACAUGCGUCCUCGUCGCCAGAACGCCAGUCGGCUUCCAGAGAGCGGAAGAAGGAUCUUAGCAGCCGGCGUACCUCCACCGCAGAGGUGCAAGAGAAGACGUCGCCGAGCCGUAGACGCCUCUCGGCCACAGAGCAGAAGCCAUCGUCAAGCCGCCGAGGUUCCACUGCAGUCAGUCGCUCUCCGGCGCCACCCGCGGAGCGACCGUCCCGGGAGGCGAAAAGCGGCCUAAGGAGAGCAUCCACCGCGCAGGAGGCGCCAAAGACUCCUGAGGAGGCCGCUUCCCUGCCUGGCUCCCCGUCCGUGGCGGAAGGUGGAAGCGCAGAGCCGCGUGGUGCUGCAGAGCUCCCUCCGGGAGCGCUGAAGAAGGAGCUCUUGGCACAGGAGCUGCCGAUUCCGGCGUCCCACCAUGUCGGUGCAGCGUCGCCCAGAUCUCUUGAAGAAGAUCCCCACAGGAGCCACUCUUCGGAUACAUUCCGGGAGGUGGCAGCGCACUACUUCUCCAUGUAUUCCGACGAGUUGGCAAAGUGGACGUUGGAAGGCAUACCGAGGUUCCCGUGA